GCAAUAUCAACUGCAGCAGCUGUUCUGGAAACGUUUCUAUCAGCACCUAAAGACACAAGUCAACGUCACAGGCGUGCACGAGUAUUUUUGACGGCUUACGUUAUACUUACAUGCCCGAGUGCUAUACUACAAGAAGCAACGAUUGCUCAGCGAAAGCUUUUGAGAGCAGCUGCCAAACGGCUUCUUGUCAACUUUGAGGGUUGGGUCAAUGCGGAAAAUGCGGCAGGACGACCAUCACUCACAAAAAUGCGUACGUUCUGGACGAGCUACGUCAACGUAUUCCAGAACUGGCUCUCUAAUGAUAAAGAGCAGUUGUUAUGCGGCAUGAUUGCCCAUUAUCAAGAGCUACAACAAAUUCGAGACACCCUGAGACGUAAAGCGUACGAUGUUGCAGAGACGGACGACGCAUGCGACGAGAUCGAGUGCCAGCUAAAACAGCUUGAGCAAAAAAUCAUAUCCAUCGACGGCACAGCGCUGGAGCGAAUAAACCAAAAAGUGACAGCUGUAGCAUCAUCACCGGUCGCAUCAGCACCAACGCCACCUAUAUCAGACGACGAAGACAAGUACAGGCCGUCAAAUGAUUCAGCACAAGAUAACAAUGAGCGUGCACAACAUAUGAUGAACGAAACUGCAGUACCAUCAGUAACUGCGCUCACAAACGAGCGAUUAGCACACGAGAUAAUUCUGGAUCCAGAUUUCAAACUUCAGAGGCAGACACCACAAGAGUCUGUCGAACGCCAAGUAGCGGAUAUUGCAACGAGGGCGUAUUUUGAUAAACUUGCUCAAGAUUUGGAGAACGGUGACGCAAACGACGCCAUACCACCACUUUUUGCUGAGAUCCGUGAUCGAUUAUCUAAUCUUGUUAAUCCAUCAACCAAAUCCGAACUGAACGAAGGAAUCGACUUGGUAUUGAUCAAACAGCAGCUCGAGCAGAAUGUCUUUGACUUUGACAAGAUAAUUGAGUUCAUCUUGGAUGCGAUCCAGCGAUCCUGUGCAAGCGUUCGAGAUAAUGCUGUCCGAGAAAUCCGGUAUUUCACUGGUGGCAGCAAUAGCAGCCACAACGUCACGAAACUUCGCCUUAUUUUCGACCUUUUACAAGACAUGACACUCGAUCUUGCAAAUCAUCAGCUGCGCUCGCUCCGACCUCGCCUUUUACCUAUCGCUGUCGAGUAUGGCCGUAACAAAUUUGCAGAGACGAUAAAGGAGCAAGGCCUGACGGAACUACCAAAGACGAAGGCCUGGCUUGGUGAAGCUGCGACUCGUUUACAAGAAACGGCGUCUCAGCGCAAUCCAGAGGGUAUACCAUGCGACAGUAACUUGCUUUCGCGUCAAGAAGUGUACGUAGAAGCUGUUACCUCAUUAAUCAUGUCUUCUGAGCUGAUUAACUCUUCUCCAUGUCCGGAAACACUGCGCCUUGAUACCGGCCGGCUGCAAGAAUAUCAAAAUGAAGCACAAGCAAUUACAAUUGUCGCAGCUCUAUUGAUGCUGGCGCGCAAUUUCGGUGUUCCCCAACAGUGCCAUGGUGAACUAGCCCAGAAACUAUUUGUUUUGCUGGCUCAACCCGGUACGACGAUACCGCCCUGCAAAGCUAUGGGUUGGUCCAUGUACGAGAACCAUUGGAGAAGUUGUGCGUUCGAUUUGCAGCUCUAG